AGCUGUCGGUGAAAUCAAAGAGGAAUAUUAAAAUUGACAUCUGGCUGACGCUUGCGCGAUUUAAUACGCGGAAAACUAUUCAAGCCUCAAGAUUUAUUCCCGGGUAAUGGCUUCAGAUGCAUCACAAUCGCCGGCGAAAAAAGAUGCGAUAUACUUUUUUUUUCAAAAUUUCGAAAAUUUUUUUGAGUUUUUCAAAUCAGUUUUUAAAUCUUUUUGAGUAAAGUUAAUAUAACAAAAUACAGUUUGAAAAAAAGUUUUUAAAUUUUGAACCAAGACGAUUGUUUUUGAUUUUUGAUAAUGAGUGAAAAUAAUAUCGAUGAAUUUUUACAAAAUCAACAAAAUUUGUGUCAUCAAUUGUUUAAGAAUCAUAUCAAAGCAAAUAUAACGAAUCAAUGUUCACCGUUUUUCGAUGGACUUCUCUGUUGGCCGCCAUCUGAUUCAAAUCAAACGAUAAAUCUUCCAUGUCCACCGCACUUUGUGCUCGGUUAUAAAAGUCCUCGUGCCAGUGCAGUUGCAACAAAAUAUUGUACUGUAAAUAAUGAAUGGUACAGAAAUAAUGACGGAGUUUUUUGGAGCAAUUACACAGAAUGCACUCCUCCGCCAGGACACUUUAUUACAGCAGUUAAAAAUUUAGAAUUUACACACUCAGAAUAUGGAAAAUUUUGUAACUCAACUAUUUUAGAAAAAUGGUUGCCAAUAAUCAAGACUAUUUCAAAAAUUGGAUAUGCAUCAUCUUUAAUAACAUUAUUAGUAGCUAUGAUAAUAUUUUUGUUUAUAAGAAAAUUACGAAAUUCACGUAAUCGUCUUCACAUGAAUUUAUUUUUGUCAUUUAUUAUGAGAGCGUCGAUGGCACUUUUAAAAGAUUGGCUUUUUGUUGAUGGAGUCGGUUUGUCAUGGGAUGUAGUUUCAGUUGAUGGAAAAAGUACUUUUAUUAAAGAAAAAAAUAAUUGGAUGUGCAAAGCAAUUACAAGUUUAUGGCAAUACUCAAUUGUCGCAAAUUACACAUGGAUUUUUAUAGAAGGACUUUAUCUUCACAAUCUUAUUUUUUUUUCAUUUACCGACACAUCAACAAUAAUAUACUACAUAAUAUUUGGAUGGAUUUUACCAGCAACGGUGGUUACUGUCUGGAUAAUUUUACGUAUUAUCGAAGAGGACACAUUGUGCUGGACGACUCACAACAAUCCAUCAUUUUUUCUAGUCAUUCGUAUUCCAAUAAUUGUUUCUAUUAUGUUCAACUUUGUUCUGUUCAUUAAUAUUGUACGAGUAUUAUUGGUAAAAAUGAGAACCUCAGUAUAUUUACAGCGUAAAAAAAUGAGAUAUGGAAAAUGGGCUAAAUCAACAUUAAUACUUGUGCCAUUAUUCGGCGCACAUUACGCUAUUUUUUUAGGCCUUUCUUAUCACAAAGACUAUCAACUCGAACUUAUUUGGCUUUUCUGGGAUCAAUUUUUUGCUUCAUUCCAAGGAUCUGUUAUAGCUCUUCUUUAUUGUUUUCUCAAUGGAGAAGUGAGAGCAGAAGUAAAAAAAGCAUGGAGAAUACGAAGAUCACGACGUGGUGCCGAUUCACUAAGUUUCUCUAAUAGGUACUUAAUUAAGUCGCCAGAACUUCGUAAUCAACAUCGGUUCAAUCAUAAUAAAAAUAAUAACGUAUCAAUAUUAUAGAAAUACGU